AUGACUAAUAAGGAACCAAUAAUAAAAAGCAUAAUUGGCCAUCGAGAUUAUGGUCCUGGUGGUUAUUACUUGGAAAUUGAGUUUGAAAAUUCAAAAACCGGUUGGAUGCUGAUUGAUAAUGUCAAACUGAGAAAGCCUGAUUUGUUUAAAAAAUAUGUAAAGAAUAAUCCAGAGGUUAAAUAA